AUGAUUACACUCUUUAGUUUCGGUGGAGCGGCCUUGGGAUCUCGGAAUUCAGGAGAAGCGUACGUGACGCUUCUGUAUGGCGAUGAAUUCUUGCUGGGCGUUCGAGUCCUGGGGAAAUCGAUUCGCGACACGGGUUCUACCAAAGACAUGGUUGCUUUGGUAUCUGAUGGAGUCUCCAACUACGCCAAAAAACUCCUUCAGGCUGAUGGUUGGAUUGUGAAUACAAUUAGUUUACUGGAAAAUCCUAAUCAAGUUCGCCCGAAGAGGUUUUGGGGUGUUUACACGAAGCUAAAAAUAUUUAACAUGACUAAUUACAAGAAAGUGGUAUAUCUUGAUGCUGAUACUAUUGUGGUUAAGAGCAUUGAAGAUCUUUUCAAAUGUCGUAAAUUUUGUGCCAACUUAAAACAUUCGGAAAGGCUGAAUUCUGGAGUCAUGGUUGUUGAACCAUCUUCAGAACUUUUCAAUGACAUGAUGACCAAAGUGACCACUUUGCAUUCGUACACUGGAGGUGACCAAGGGUUUCUCAACUCAUAUUACUCCGAUUUUGCCAAUGCACGCCUUUUUGAGCCAGAUGCAUCUCCAGAGGACUUGAAGUCUAGACCUGUUCCCCAAAUGGAGAGACUUUCCACUUUAUAUAAUGCAGAUGUUGGCCUUUACAUGCUUGCUAACAAGUGGAUGGUGGAUGAGGAAGAACUCCGUGUUAUUCAUUACACACUUGGCCCUCUAAAACCCUGGGAUUGGUGGACAUCUUGGCUUGUUAAACCUGUUGAUGUCUGGCAGGAUGUUAGAAUAAAGCUUGAAGAAACUCUUCCUGGGACUGGAGGUGGCAAAAAUCCAAAUGACAAAUUGCUAAUUAUCUCUCUUUUUCUACUUCCAGUUCUGUUCUUGGUUUUCUGUUAUUAUCGAUCUUUCCUACAGACAAGAUCACUGCUUGAUCAUAUUAGACACCUCUACUACAUGUUGAGGUCUGGAGGAGUUGGUUAUUCCUCGGUCACUUCUUCUAAUAUCAACUCUAACCAACAGUUCCCAAAUUUGGCGUACAGCAAAGUGCCUAUUUUCUUGGGUGCAAUGUCAGUUGUUGUGUGUUUUACGGCUGCUAUGGUGUCCCUUGUGCUUUCACUAUCAAUUGUCCCUCGGCAAGUAAUGCCAUGGAGUGGUUUUCUCCUUGUGUUUGAAUGGACAUUCACAAUUUUCUUCUUAUUGAUUGGAAGUUAUCUGCAUAUAGUCCACCGAUGGGGAAAACUUGUGGCCAAUCAAUCAGCGUCCCUUUCCCCGCAUCCUGAAUCUGUUGAAUAUGAUUCUGGAAAAGGUCAUUUCCGACAGAUGUCUUGUGAUUUCGCUACAUGGUAUUAUGGAUUAGGGGCAGCAUUUCUGGCUUUGGCAACUCCUCUUUUACCUUCUGUUUUGGGGGUCACUGCUCUAUUUUUAAGGUUAGGUUUGAUGGUAAUGGGAGGCCUUAUUUUGGCAUCAUUUAUGACAUAUGCUGCAGAGCACCUUUCAGUUAGAACAUUUAUGAGGGGUUAUGAAGACAGGGAUGCACAAAGAGCCAGGAACAUAUGUUCUUUCUUUCACUUUGACAAAUGUUAUGUGAAGUGCACAAAUCUAACACUAUCUACUGAUUCUAUCUCUAUCAACCACACUGCAAUGGCUUCGAACACCACCAAAGAGGUUCUCACCUACCUCUCUCCAGUCAUCAAACUAUACAAAGAUGGCACUGUCGAGAGGCUCAUCGGUUCACACCAUAUUCCUCUAUUGCUGAAUGACAAUGCCACCGACGUAGCUUCCAAGGACAAAAACAUUUCGCCAGUGGUUCAAGCCAGACUAUACCUCCCAACACUGACAAAACCAAACCAAAAGCUCCCAGUUUUGGUUUAUUACCAUGGCGGUGGAUUUUGCCUCGGGUCCGCUUUCACUGUCCUCAAGAACUGUUACAUUAACAUAUUAGCAGUUGAAACAAAAGCUUUAAUCGUUUUUGUUGAAUACCCUUUGCCUAUGCCUAUGACACCCUUUGCAACCGUCCUGUGGCAUAUGUACUCGAUCUUAUAA